CGGGGAUAUGAGCCCCGCCCCCGGCAGGCCUUUCCCGGGACGCCGGAAGCGCCGGCGCCGAGCUCCUGAGCCGCGGGGCCGCGCGGCCUCGGCAAUGGCGACCCAGGCGAAGCGCCGGCGGGUGGCUGGGCCCGUGGGCGGUGGCGACGCGGACCCGGACCCGGUGGCCGGUUUCCUGAGCUGGUGCGGGCAGGUGGGGCUGGAGCUGAGUCCCAAGGUGGCGGUGAGCCGGCAGGGCACGGUGGCCGGCUACGGCAUGGUGGCCCGGGAGAGCGUGCAGCCCGGGGAGCUGCUGUUCGCCGUGCCGCGGGCCGCGCUCCUGUCGCAGCACACCUGCUCCAUCGGCGGCCUGCUGGAGCGAGAGCGAGGCGCGCUGCAGAGCCAGUCGGGCUGGGUGCCGCUGCUGCUGGCGCUGCUGCACGAGCUGCAGGCCCCGGCCUCGCCCUGGAGCCCCUACUUUGCGCUCUGGCCGGAGCUGGGCCGCUUGGAGCACCCCAUGUUCUGGCCCGAGGAGGAGCGCCGGCGACUGCUGCAGGGCACAGGCGUACCGGAGGCCGUGGAGAAGGACUUGGCCAACAUCCGCAGCGAGUACUAUUCCAUCGUGUUACCCUUCAUGGAAGCCCACCCGGACCUCUUCAGCCCCAGGGUUCGCUCCCUGGAACUCUACCGCCAGCUCGUGGCUCUCGUGAUGGCCUACAGCUUUCAGGAACCACUGGAGGAAGAGGAGGAUGAGAAGGAGCCAAACUCCCCUUUGAUGGUGCCUGCUGCAGACAUACUAAACCACUUAGCCAAUCAUAAUGCCAAUCUAGAAUACUCUCCAGCAUUUGUUGGGCCUGGUCCCAGCUUCUUCCUUCCACCCCAGAAUUGUCUUCGGAUGGUGGCCACUCAGCCCAUUCCUAAAGGCCAUGAAAUUUUCAACACUUACGGGCAAAUGGCUAAUUGGCAGCUGAUUCAUAUGUAUGGUUUUGUUGAACCAUAUCCUGACAACACGGAUGACACAGCUGACAUUCAGAUGGUGACAGUUCGUGAAGCAGCAUUACAGGGAACAAAAGCUGAAGCUGAAAGGCUCCUACUGUAUGAACGCUGGGAUUUCUUAUGCAAACUGGAGAUGGUUGGGGAAGAGGGAGCCUUUGUGAUUGGGCGUGAGGAGGUACUGACUGAAGAGGAACUGACCAGCACACUCAAGGAAUGUCAGAAGACAUGGAGCUAUGUUAUAUCCCCAGACAAGUGCAUGGCAUCAACAGCCUUUCCGUUACAAGCUGGAAUCUACCCAUUGCCCAAUCUCCAAUGCUAUAUAGACAGUCUAAGCAAUCUGCAACAUAUUACAUCAAAAAAGGAAAGAAAAAAAAAAAACCCCACAAGUAUCAUCUUGUUAUUUCUCCUUCAAACUUCUCAAUCUAGAAGAUAAAGAAAAGCCCAAGCUCUUUACCAUGGCUUUUAAUAGGCCUGUGUGGAUUCAGGACUCUGGAUAAAAAAUGUCAUCACCACCACCACCUGAGAGAAACUGUUGACUUUCAAUCAAAACGCUGGUACCUUUUGUUAAAAACAAGUUGUAAUUCUCUACUUGUCAUUUUGUGUCCAUCAGACUAAAUUGCUAGGGCAGGAACAAUGUCCAUUUUGCUCACAACUACAUCCUAUUUAACACAUGUAAAAGAUGUCUUAAAUGGACAUGUCGAAGAUACUCCAUGAACACUGAAAAAAAAAUUCAUAAUAAAGGGGAAGAGGCACCACUUAGAAUUAUCUAAAAAACUUCUCCCUUACC